AUGUAACAAUAAUUAAUAAAGCCUUAAUCUAAGGAACAUGCCAUGUAAAUUUUGUAAUAAGGAUUUUAACUGUAUCAACAAUAAGGACAUAUGAGUUUCAAUGAAAAUGCUCUUGUAAUUUAAUAACCAGAAAGAAUGAGUUUCAACGAUUAGAAAAUGAAAUCACACCCAAAAGUUCAUAAUGUUUUUGAAAAUCAAAAGAGAACCAGAAAUGAUUAACAUUAAAUUGAGCAAAGUAUUGUUGGAAAUAGAUUUGAAAUUCCUGUUUUGCCAUCAGGUAAAUAUCUCAAAUUUAAUGUUCUUUCAAAUUGGGGAGACAAAUAACAAGUUGGUCUUAAUGGGAUUGAAGUGUUUGAUUCACAAGGUGGUAAUAUAACUAGAUACAUUAAAAUGCCUAUGUAAGAUGAAUAUAUAGAGAAAUUGAAGUUGAUAGACGGUUACUAAGCAGUUAAAGACGAUAAACAUAUUUGGAAAACAAAGAACUUGAAACCAGAAAUCAUUAUUGAUUUAACUGCAAAUAUCAAAAUCUCAUUGAUAAGAAUUUGGAACUACAAUAAAUCUAGGAUCAGAUCCUAUAAAGGUGUUAGAUUACUAAAGAUUACUUUAGAUGAAAGACUAGUAAACUAUUGAUGUAAUAUUUUAGUUAGAUAUUUUAUGGAGAUAUUUAGAAAGCAACAGGAGAUCUAAAGAAGUUCUAAGAUAAUUGUGAAUACAUAUUAUUUACAUAGGAUUCUAGAAUUAUAAGUAGAAUAGCUGAAUUAGAUUGGUUGAACAAAAGAGCUGAAGACUAUUCUAUUCAGAUUCUAUAACAAACUAUGAGUACGAAAUAAAUUCGACCAAAUACUGGUACAAAGUUAUAGUCAUAGAACACAAGAUAAUAACAAUAAUAAAUUGAUUAAUCACCACCCUCAAAAUUAUAUUCAUCAAGAAUUUAUUAGCAAAACAAUAAGGAAUAAGAGUAAGCAGCACUAUAAUAAAGAUCAUAGCCAUAAUAAUAAGAUUAAGAGAUCUAUAAACUAUCGAAUAAAUAAGAGAAAGUAUAAAUGCAAUACCCUGAAUACAUAUCUGUUUUUGAUAUAUUAUUGGAAUUCAAUAAUGGUUCAAAACGAUUUUUAGGAUUAAAUGGAAUUAUAUUAAUUGAUUACAAUAAUAAAUAGAUUCAUUAAGAAGAAAUAUAGGAUACCAAUCUAACUGAAUAUGAAAUACAACGACUAUUCUAUUCUUAUAAUCCAAUCUUGAUUGAUUCAUCCAAUAUGAUUUGGUUAAAAUAAAAGAGAAUUUAUAUUAAAUUCAAACACCAAACAAAAUUAUCUAUGAUUAAAUUUUAUAAUUGCAACUAAAUUGUUAGUGAAUCAACAUUUACUGGACCAGAAAUAGUCAAAAUUACUUAUAAUGGAAGAUUCAAAAUAUUUAGUAUUUAUAUGGCUAUAUCUAAUAGAUUUGAGACCUGCACCAUGUGAAGAAAUUAAUUUUGUUUAAACCAUUUAUCUAACUUAACCAAAUAAUUAUUCUUACUCAGGAAAUCUUGUGGCUAAUUAUGAACUAUUUCAUUCCAAUUAUGUCAUUGCUUAUCCUCCUUGUGGGAUGAUAGUGACUAUUUAUUUGAUUAAUACUUGGGGAGAUAACAAUUAUGUUGGUCUAAAUGGACUAGAAAUUUAUGAUCAUCAAGGUUCAGCCUUAUUAUAAAAAAAACUCAUACCUUAUACUAUUCAUUCUGUUCCAUAAGUAUUUCGAUCAUUAAUUAUUUAGUUAGAAGACGAUCCAAGAGUUGUUUAAAAUUUAGUAAUUCCUCCAUAUGAUAUUAAUUGUCAACCUUAGAAAAGCUUCUUGGCUCCUUUUAUUAAUACUCCUAUGGAAAAAUUAAAAAAUAAGAAUGCCAUAAUUAUCCAAAAAGCAAGGGAUUUAGAGAAAUAAGAUAUCAAUAAGAUCUAUGUAUUGUUUGAUAAACUUACUUGUUUCAGUGGAAUAGAUUUUUAUAAUUAUACCAAAAAUUGGUAAAGAGGAGUGAAGUAAGUCCAUAUAUAUGUUAAUAAUCGAUUGAUUUAUUAAGUAUUUUAUUUCAUUUAUACUGAGGGAAACAUUAAUUAGACUUUUCAAGACAUUAAAAAGAAUGUAUAUAAUAAAACAACUAUAUUAUUUUCAGAUUCCAAUUAAAUUAAAUAAUAAUUAAAUCCAUACUUUUAUCAAUUUCCAGAUGAGUAAGUAUCUUUGAUUGAUGAAAACAAAUAAUUAACCUAAAGAGAAUAUUAGUAAUAUUACCCCCAAUAAUUGAUUAGACCAAAAACAAGUAUUAAAUCAUGA